GCGCAUGCACCGUAGCUUCAUUCGAGGAAGUGUCCUGAGAGGCAACUCUAACUGACGGAGCAGAGUUUGUUGUUUAUUCUUAUUCUCCGUUCACAGAGCACAAACCGGCCCGCAGCCACAUCAACAUGUCGGAAUUUGAUAACAACCCGUUCGCAGACCCUGCCGGCGACAACCCUUUCAAUGAUCCGUCGGUCACACAAGCGACCAACAUCAACACAGAUCCAGUUGACCAGUACAACCCAUUCCCUGCUCAUCCCACAGAUGGCCUAGCUACUCAUACCACUCCAACCGACGCCCCCCCUCCCUACCAGCCUGCAGUUUUACAGCCGUCUACAGAGCCCAGUCCGAAGGCGACUGCUGCUGCAGCUCAGGCCAAUCUGCUGAGGCAGCAGGAGGAGCUGGAGAGAAAAGCUGCCGAGCUGGACCGCAGAGAGCAGGAGCUACAGAGCCGAGGCCCGUCAGGUAAAAUGAACAACUGGCCUCCACUGCCCAAGUUCUUCCCCAUCAAACCAUGUUUCUAUCAGGACUUCUCAGAGGAAAUCCCCCCCGAGGCCCAGAGAGUCUGCAAGAUGAUGUACUAUCUCUGGAUGUUCAACUGCGUGACUCUGUUCCUCAACCUGCUGGCCUGUUUGGCUUACUUCACCGCCGAUGCAGCCUACGGUGUUGACUUUGGCCUCUCCAUUCUCUGGCUCAUCCUCUUCGCUCCCUGCUCCUUCCUCUGCUGGUACCGGCCCGUCUACAAGGCCUUCAAGACUGACAGCUCCUUCAGCUUCUUCUUCUUCUUCUUUGUGUUUUUCUGCCAAGUGGUGAUCUUCAUCAUCCAGUCUGUCGGCAUCCCCAAGUGGGGCAACAGUGGUUGGAUCGCUGCCUUCACCAUCAUCGCUACAAACAAGCCGGUGGGAGCCAUCAUGAUCAUAGUGGCCAUCCUCUUCACCAUCUGUGCCGUGCUGUCAAUCAUCCUGCUCAAGAUGGUCCACGGCAUGUACCGCCGGACCGGGGCCAGUUUCCAGAAGGCUCAGCAGGAAUUCUCGCAGGGCGUCUUCACCAAUAAAACCUUCCAGACAGCUGCUGCUGGUGCAGCAUCCUCCGCUGCACAGGGAGCUUUCCAGAGACCCUAAAUGAUGGUAGAAUGAGCUGAGCUCCAUUUAACAAGGUCAAGGUCUAUACGUUAUCAGGUCUAGAUGAUUCAUUAAAUCAACGCUGAGUGAAUCAGGAAGCCGAGGUUCAUUGUGUUUCUUCCCGUCUCAAAUUAUAAUCUAACCUGAUAACGUAUAGACCUUGAGCUAGGUGAGGCUACAUGAUUAGUCUCCCUCCUUUCACCCCCACUAUCAGUGCACAUGUAAUUCCCCCACCUUAACUUUGCUUCUCACAUUCAGCGUGUCUCCUGCAGAGGGACUGCAGUCGGGGGGGGGGGGGGGAAGUCUCACAUCGAGUGCAUUCUGAGGUGGAAAGCAUGAAUGAAGUUGACUGAUCGCUAUUUCAGUUUGUCCUGGCUUUGUACAUUUUGUGUGCACUUUUUGGCGAUGCUCUUCAGUGUAAUAUGUGACUGUGUGUGUGUCUGUGUAUGUAUGUAUGUAUGUAUGUAUGUAUGUGUGUGUGUACUGGCAUGCUGGUCACAUGUCUUCAUGUGGGCGCAGUACGCUUUUGUUUCUCCACACCGCUGGUGGACUCCGAUCCUGUAAUAUAAAUAAGAUGAAGUGUUUUUUUUCUGUCUCAAAGGCAUUUCUCUUCGUUGUUGAACCUAUUUUGGCGAAAUAUCUCUCUUUUAUGUGCUGCAAAAUAUCAUUCUAAUAAGGAAGAAAAGUAACAGUUGAAUCACACAGUUAAUCGUGAUCUGUAUGGCGUUAGAUUUCAAGAUUUUAUCACUAUUACUGUAACUGUUCAUUUAAAUCUGUGGGAGAAAACACACUGGAUUCCCAUCACUUUCAGAUUUUAGUACUAAAACAUGUGCCUUUGUCUUUUGUCUGGAGCCAAACUUUUGCCAAGAUCUUUCUGAAAAACCACUGUGGUGUCAGAAAACUGGUAGAAAUCCUGUAUAUUUUGGUAUUUGGUCACAUGAUAGAGUUUCUACAUAAAGAUCAUAUCCACAGAGGAAAUCAGAGUGUUUUACUUCCAUUAAUUUCUUGCUUGUAAACAGCCAAUUUAGGCCAAAUUACUUCAUCCGAUUUUUGUUUCCUAUCAUAUACAUAAAUUUUUUAUGAAGCAGCUUCAGCUUCUUUGAUCACUGCCUUUGAAGAGUUGUUUCUAAGGAAACCAAAGCAAUACGGGCGUAUAAAAAUGGAACAUUUUGCUAAUAAAAUUAGUUUACAAAACAUAGAUACAGUUUGCUUUAAUGGGCUGAGCCUAUUCUAUUGAUUUUACUACUAACAGACAGUAAAUGCAGGAGGAGGAACGGUUUAUUUUUCAUGAAGAUUAACAGUGUAGAAAUGUAUUCAGCUCUAAUGAGGUUUGACAGGAGAAGCAGGACCUGAAUCCCAAAUUUCCCUGAUGUGUCUCUGAUUUAUAAUUUCUACAAGAGCGGUGUAACCUUGCCAUAACACUUAUCUUCCUUUAAAGAGAACCAGUGUCUCAACAUCACCAGUAUGCAGCUGCUGCUGCUACUGCACUUUUUUUCCACAUAAAAAACUUCUUGAAAGAAUUUCAAGUCUUCCUUGUACCUCUCAAAGACGACCACCAAUCUCUAAAUUAUUUGUGUACCGAUGUAUAUUUUCUAUGUGAUUACUUAUAUUGAAGAACAUGCACACGUGUGUGUAUUUGAUGUACUGUUUUAAAACAUCAGCUUGGAUGUAAACACACGUUGGCAGUCCUGAAGAACGACUCCGAUCAUCGAGUGAUAGCGGUCUGAUUUAAUGUUCGAUCUUACAUCCAUAAUUACAUAAUAAAAGACUUGUAUUAAUUCACACAUCGCUGUAUGCAUCGCUUCGAGAGAACGAAAUCCAGUGCCUUUUGUAUUUCAAUAUAGCAUCUAAUAAAAUGCUUUGCUUUCAUUUAAAGCUGUAAUUGUUUUUUUUUUGCUUAUAACAAUUGUUUUUGAUAAAGUUAUGAAUGCUUUACAAAAAAUAUGUAAAAUUCUGAACAUAACGUAAAUAGAUAUGGCUUUGCUUUUAGUUUAACUUAUCAGGUUGAUGAAGGCUUGUUUGGCAUUUUUGCACUGAUGAUAUAUUUAAUCACCAUUUAAUCAAUGUUUCACCAUUAUUCUCCUGUUAUAAACAUUCAGUCUGUUUCUUGAAUAAAGAGAAGAGUUGAUUCUG